GUACUCUGCUCUCCGUGUUUGUAUUUAUGCAUGCGGAGUCCGCUGGUUCCGUCCAGGCUCCGCCCACUCGAGCCGCUCUGACUUGUGCUGUGCUCCACUCGCCACUCAAACGCUGACCACUGUAUGAAAAGAUCACACCCAGAAGCAGGAUGUUGUCGGUGGUCGUUCUUGGCCUAGCUGGAGCGAGACGAAUUAUGAGUGGGAGAUGUUCAGCAUACAGCAGGAGCUUUUUUACCCAUGUUCCUGAUCGUCAGUUUGUCCCGAGGAUUCGUCUCCCUGGCGCCGUCUCGCACCGUUACGGAUGUGUCAGUACCACAAACCCUCACCGAACUCUAGCGUCAUCGUCUUCAGUGUCUGCAGCCCAUCAGAAAUCAUACAGUUAUAUCAUCAUCGGGGCGGGGUCGGCAGGCUGCGUUCUCGCCAACCGCCUCACGGAGGAUGCCCAGGAGUCAGCCUUGCUGCUGGAAGCCGGGCCAAAAGACUUGCUGUUCGGCAGCGUACGGUUGUCAUGGAAGAUCCACAUGCCGGCUGCGCUGACCUAUAACCUUUGUGAUGACAAGUACAACUGGUAUUACCACACUUUGCCUCAGGCCCACAUGGACAACAGGGUCAUGUACUGGCCAAGGGGGCGAGUCUGGGGCGGCUCGUCUUCGCUCAACGCUAUGGUGUACAUCCGUGGGCACGCUGAAGACUACAACCGGUGGCAGAGAGAAGGAGCCGAGGGCUGGGAUUACGACCACUGCCUGCCUUACUUCAAGAAGGCGCAGUGUCAUGAACUAGGCGGCGACAGGUAUCGCGGAGAUAGUGGCCCACUACACGUGUCCAGAGGGAAGACUAACCAUCCUCUUCACAAGGCUUUUAUUGAGGCAGGGCAGCAGGCAGGCUACCCCUUCACUGAAGACAUGAAUGGAUACCAACAAGAAGGCUUGGGUUGGAUGGACAUGACAAUUUUUAAAGGGAAGAGGUGGAGCACAGCCAGUGCCUACCUGAGACCGGUCCUGGAUCGACCCAAUCUAAAGACAGAGGUGCGCUGCUUGACCACCAAGAUCCUGUUUGAUGGCCACCGAGCUGUGGGCGUGGAAUAUCUACAGAAAGGGGAGACUAAACAGGUCUUCGCAGAUAAAGAGGUGAUCCUGAGCGGCGGCGCCAUCAACACACCGCACCUUCUCAUGUUGUCCGGUUUGGGAAAUGCCGAUGACCUCAAGCAACAUGGCAUCCCUGUGGUACAACACUUACCAGGUGUGGGCAGCAACCUGCAGGAUCAUUUGGAGUUAUACGUCCAGCAGAAAUGCACUCAGCCCAUCACGCUGUACAAAGCCCAGAAACCUUUCCACAUGGUCAAAAUUGGCCUGGAAUGGCUCUCUAUUUUCACUGGCUACGGAGCAACGGCACACCUGGAGAGCGGAGGUUUCAUUCGCAGUCGGCCACAAGUCCCACAUCCUGACAUUCAAUUUCACUUCUUGCCUUCUCAAGUCAUUGACCAUGGGCGGGUUGCUUCAAAGAUAGAAGCUUAUCAGGUUCACGUGGGACCAAUGAGAAGCACGAGUGUUGGCUGGAUGAAGUUGAAGAGUGCUAACCCUCAGGACCACCCAAUUCUGCAGCCCAACUAUCUUUCCACCGACGUCGAUGUUUUGGAGUUCAGAGAAUGCGUCAAACUCUCCCGAGAGAUCUUUGCCCAAAAAGCCUUUGACCCGUUCCGGGGGCCGGAAGUUCAGCCCGGUCCCCAGAUCCAGUCAGACGCCAACAUCGAUGCCUUUGUGCGGCACAAGGCUGACAGUGCGUAUCACCCGUCGUGCACGUGCAAAAUGGGCGCGCCCUCCGACCCGAUGGCGGUGGUGGACUCCCAGACGCGUGUGCUUGGUGUUGAGGGCCUCCGUGUGGUCGACGCGUCCAUCAUGCCGAGCAUUGUUAGUGGCAACCUAAACGCGCCAACCAUCAUGAUAGCAGAGAAGGCCGCCGAUCUCAUCAGAGGUCGCCCGCCACUUGUUGACCCACAAGUACCGGUGUACCAGCCGCCCACGCUAGAUACUCAAAGAUAAAACUGGAACAAGCCUCUUGUUUACUUAUACUGCCACUAUAGUAACUAAAAUGGUAACUAAAAGAGGUGUAAUGUAAACCAAUUUGAAAAUCAGUCUGGAUUUAGAAAAUACGUGCGCAUGGAAUCGAACCAA